AUGAGUAGCCCCAUGUCCCAUGAGCAUCGAAGAUCCAGCAUACCUGUUAAGUACAGUUACUGCAGUGAAGGACGCGGCAGUUUCUGCAGCGGCACAGUGAAGACACCACUUCAGAGCGCUCUCAGUACGCAGAAAAGAGUAAGCAGAACUUCGCUCGGAGGCCAGCUUUUCCUCUGCAUGAUUGGAUCAUUGCUGAGCUUCAGCAUAUGCGUCUGGCUAACAGCGUUCAGUCAGGAUGUGCAGUGGAGGAGACUGCUAUUUGCUGCCGGUGCUGCCCUCUGCGCCCUCCUUUUCGCAAUGCUUGCAGUGCAAACGAUGCGAAAAGCUAAACAGCCACCACCAGAACCGGUUAUACCAAAUCUUGCCGCUCGGCGAUCAACAAUCGUGAGGACAGCAAGGAAAUCAAUGUGCGAGAGCAGCCUAAAUCGUGACGACGGAGGUAUGUCCUCCACCAAUCCACAGCAACCCGAAAACCCGGUACCAAAGAGAAACAAUGCGGCAGUCGAUCGAAGCACAUCACUUACAGCACAAGCUUGA